GCCUCCACGUUUGCCGUAGUUGUGUAAAUACGCGACACACCGCUCAGUGUUUACUGUUAGCACUAACUGUUUAAGCUGGGUUAGGAAAUGGCUGAAUAUUCACACGUAAAGUCAACGAAACUGGUUUUGAAAGGUCUUAACAAAGGGAAAAAGAAGAAGCACAAAGAUAAGAAAAGAAAAGCAGAUGAAGAAGAAAAAGUUGAUAUUGUUGGUGGUUGGUGGUCUGUUAAUAGCUUUGGGGAAAUUACAGGAACAGUUGCCAUAGAGAUGCAGAACAACUCCUACAUCCAUGCCCUGGAUACGGGACUCUUCACAGUUGGUGCGCCACACAAAGAUGAUGAAGGACCAGACCCUCCAGAGCAGUUUACCGCCAUCAAGCUGUCAGACACACGGGUAGCGUUGAAAUCUGGAUAUGGGAAGUACCUGGGCAUCAACUCUGAGGGUUUGGUGGUGGGACGAUCCGAUGCCAUUGGCUCCAGGGAACAAUGGGAACCAGUCUUCCAGGAUGGCAAAAUGGCUCUCCUGGCAGCAAAUAGCUGUUUCAUCUCCUACAGUGACAGUGGGGACAUUGUGGCCAAGAGCAAGUCAGCAGGGGAUGGUGAGAUGGUGAAGAUCCGAACCAGUGCGGAACGAGAGGUCAAGCGUAAGGACGACAUCGCAGACGAGGACAGGGGCAACGUGAAAUCCUGUGAGAUCAAUUACGUGAAGAAGUUUCAGAGUUUUCAAGAUCGGCGGCUCAGGAUUAAUGAGGAAGACUCCACCACGCUAAAGAAAGCCAGAAUGGAUGGAAAAUUCCACGAAACUUUGCUUGACAGGAGAAGCAAGAUGAAAGCAGACAGGUACUGCAAAUGAACACUUGUGGACUGCUGCUAUGCCUCAGUAAAUGUCCUGACUUGUAGAGGUGAUCAUGUAAAUGUGGCUUUUCAUAUGGUUGUUUUUUGGGAGUUUUUUUUUUUUGUAUUUUAAAUAAACAUUUAAUGGUCAAAAUCGGUUUUGCCAAUUAGUUUUUAAUAUUCUACAGCCAAUUCACGUUCACCUUUGAGCUGACUCAUGAAUUCCAGGUGACCCAGUUGCCGGCUUGGUGUAAAUAAUUAACCUUAGAUUUGACUUUACCCUGAAGGAAGUGUUUGUUGAAACGUUUACAGGAUGCAGUGUGUUUUUAGAAUGCCUCUCCAACAGUUUAAAGUGAUGUAUGGUGACUGCAGAUUGGUGGAGAGGCAUUCAAAUGGACACCCAGAGCCCCAGAGACAGAGUGUAAGAAUACAAAGAGCAACAGCAGUGCUACAGAGGGAGCUGCGAUGUUUACGGCCAAUGAGCAGCGCUUACUACUAGAAACAAAGAAAGAAUCCAGGAGCCGCCAUGACUGACAAAGAACAAGUACAUGGGUUUGCUUCCUUAUUUAUACUUUUACAUAAUUCACAACACAUUCACCAACUAACCACAUGUAAGUUUACUUUAUUACUCCACCAAGGAGUGACGAUCAGCGUUGGUUUAUCCGUCUGUCUGUCUGUCAGCCACAUUACUCAACAGACUGACGGAUUUGAAUGAAAUUUUCAGGGAAGGUCUGAAAUGACAACGACCAAGUGAUUAGACUUUGACGGUGGUGCGACGUAUAGUCUGGAUUCAUAGAUUUGCCAAAGAUUUUGGUAUCAUUGUUGAGAAAAAAAAAUACAUAUGUCGGCGCUGUAUUCUUAGAUCUAAAAAAAGCGUUUGACACAGUUAAUCAUCGUAUUCUAUUAAGCAAAUUAACACACUUUAACUUUUCAGCAGAUUCACUUGCUUGGUUUCAAUCCUAUCUAGCAAACAGGAAACAGUGUGUUCAUAUAAAGGGAGUACAGUCCCAGUGCCUCAGCAGUGAUGUUGGUGUCCCCCAAGGUUCCGUAAUAGGUCCUUUACUUUUUUCGUUAUACAUCAAUGAUUUACCAGAUGUUUGCCCUGAGCUUGAUAUGUUGAUGUAUGCUGAUGAUGCUGUGUUGUUCACUUAUGGUAUAAAUAUCCAGACCAUCACUGCAAAUCUUACAGAAGGUCUUAACAGAGUACAUCUCUGCCUUAGGCAAAAUUGUCUUUUGCUGAAUUCCAAAAAGACAGUCUGUAUGAUUUUCAGUAAACAAAAAGUAAAACAAGACCGAUCUAAUGUAUUUCUGAAUGGAGAGGAGUUGGAAUUAGUAACCCAUUUUAAAUAUCUUGGGGUCAUAUUAGAUUCCAACCUCACAUUCAAAAAACAUGUGAAAAAGGUUGCAAAUACCAUCAGAUUUAAUUUACAAAACUUUAAACAAAUCAGACCAUUCAUCCUACAGAGGCAGCUAAGUCCUACCUUCAUUGUAUGAUGUUUUCUCACAUUGAAUACUGUUUCACAGUCUGGUCCUUUGCUGGUGUUAAUGCACUUAAACCAAUAGAGCAGCUUUUUAAAAAAGCUAUUAAGAUACUUGAUCAAAAACCUCAGUCAUUUCAUAUAUGUGUUCUAAUAGAGAAAUACAAGUUUUUAACAUUUGACAGUUUUAAAAUCUUUAAAAAUAAUUGUCUCAUAUAUAGAGUUCUGAAUGGCUUAGCCCCGCCACCACUUAAUGGAUUUAUUAAACAAAAGUCCAGCUUCAAGAACACUCGCUCCACAGUAAGGGGGGACUGUGAAGUGCAAUAUCGUGGUUGUGAAUUCUCAAAAAAUGUACUAUCCAUUAAGGGCUGCUCCAGUUGGAACGAUCUACCGAUGACAGUUAGAGAAAGUACCACCUAUGUCUCUUUUAAGAGGCAACUUAAAGAAUGGCUGUUACAGAAACACUCUUGUGACCAUUAGAGAGUCAUUCAGAAAGUUACAAGAGCAUGUCAGUUUUAAAAUGAUAGGAUGAUGCGUGUAUGAGUGAGAGAGAAAAGUGUAGGUUGUGGUUGAAUGUUUAGUUUAGUUUUUAUAUUGUAUCUUUGUCCUGUCUUGUUUUGUUUUUUUUUGCUUAAUGUCCUGUAUGUUCUUGUUUUGGUGGUAUGUCUUUUACCCCAUGGGACAACAGAUGGAAAUUAGCCUUGAGCUAAAUCUGGCAUAUUUACAUUACUGUAUGUUCAUUAAUAUGCACUGUCCCAUUCAAAUAAAAUAAUAAAUGAAAUGAAAUGA